AUGGAGCAUACUGAGAUUAACUCUUUGGAGUAUGCUUUUGACGAAUCGGAUCGCACUCAUCCUACUGAGGCCACAGAAAGAAAGUCAAUUAUAGAUAUGGACUCUGCUACAAGUCCUAAUGACGCGCCGUCUACGCCAACCAACGAGUUGGAUCUGAAGAAAGAGUGUUGUAUUUGCAGUUCAGUGAUGGCCAAGUACACGUGUCCUGAGUGCGAUCGAUAUACUUGUUCUCUUUAUUGCGUUAAUGAGCACAAAAAACAUUAUAACUGCUCUGGCACACCCACCGUCACUAGGUAUGUGGGUCUCGGUGACUACACUAGUCUCCAGAUGCAGCGAGACUAUCGUUUUUUGGAGAACUGCAAACGAAUUAUUGACAAUGCUGAACGCUCCUUUAGCAUGCCUAAUGUGCCUCACUAUAAAUUUCACACCCUUCCCCCAAAUUUACGCACACUGCGCGAGGAGGCAGGUAAAAGAGGAGUUAUUUGCCAAAUCAUGUCCGAGGGGAUGCAAAAGCGUGAUGAAAAUACUAGCCGUUACGAUCGCUGCAACAAGACUGUUACGUGGAAGUGUAAGUUCAUUUUUUGCCCGAAGCACACGGACGAAACUGACGAGGCAUCCGCGAAUCAUAGGGAGUCCUUCACAGUCUCAACCGAUUGGGCAAACGAGCGGCAUAAGUUAGGGGACGUGUUGGAGUACUGCUGGUCUAUCAACCCCUCGUUGCCUUGUUUCCAUAUCAAUAGGAAAUACAACAAAGUCUCCAGAUACGUGGGUCACAGCCCUGCUGAGGAGGACACGGAUCCCAAUAGCAAACCUCAAACGUGCAACUCGGACGCGUCUCCGAGGCUGACGUCAACAGCACCGGUCGACGUGUGUGAUACUGAGCAAAGUGCAGGCUGCCUUUCGUCUUUUACAGCCACAGAACCUCCAACACAUGAGGAACCGCUACAAGAUUCCUUCGCAAAUGCUCUUAAAGUAUCCGAGAAUGUUAGUAAGAAGCUUGUCGAAGAGAAACCAUUCGUGCCAUCGGUUCCCUUUGGUUCAAUUGAAUUGCUUGAACAGCACAUUGGCAGCCAUGAAAAGGUGAAUAGUUUUUUAUCAGCUGACAGUUGGGCUAUUUUGGCAAAAGCGGAGCGUCUGGGAAACGAAGAAAAAUAUUUUCGCUUAAACCCCAGGGAUACUCUCAACGAGGCGCUACGAGUACUCUUUUUUAUAAAUGAAUAUCCGGUUUUUAUUAUAGUCUAUGAGGCAGAUUUGCAGCACUACCCGCUCGUAACCAGUGAGGAUAGGGAGGCUAUUCGGGAAAGCUUUCGCGCUAUUGACAAAGCAAAAGCUUCUGUGGUAGAUUGCGCCGAACGAAUUGUAGAUAGGAACUUUCGGAAACCAGGUCAUUUACGGGAUAAACGAGGUUCGAGACAAGUCGCGCCACAAUUCAGAGGGGGCGUAAGGUCUCGUAAAGAUUUUGGUGUUUCUCAGAAGAAUUCCCAUGCACACACUGGACAGAACCAUAAAAGGCCUCGUAGUGAUAAUAUAAGGUCCAAAUCGAUGAGACCCUUUUCUCAAAGGAAGACUGACCAGGACUAG